GCCUUCCUGAAUGUUAAAGACGCACACUCUCUCCUCAAGCGUUUCCCCCGGGCCAAUGGCUUCCUGGAGGAGUUCCGACAGGGAAACAUAGAGAGGGAGUGCAUGGAGGAGAGCUGCAGUUUCGAGGAGGCAAACGAGUAUUUCGAAAACAAAGAACGCACGAUGGAAUUCUGGAAGACUCGUAGCAUCUACACAGUGAGCAGUAACGCGGAAUCGCGCUCGGAGCGAACCGACACCGUCUACAUGGUCGUCCCAUUGCUGGGCGUGGUCCUACUCAUCAUCAUCGCGCUCUUCCUCAUCUGGCGCUGCCAGCUCCAGAAAGCCACGCGUCGGCGACCCGCCUACACGCAGAACCGUUACCUGGGCAACCGCCACUCCCGCAGCCUGCCCCGCAUCCUGGUGCACCGCGACACGCCCUCGGGCUCGCACGGCGAGAGCUCGCACUCCGCCCGUCCCUCCGCCGCGGCGGUCGGGCCGGAAAGGGGAGGGGCGUCGUCCUCGUCGGCGGCGUCCGCGGCGAUGGCCCCCCCGGAGCCUCAGAACACCCGCGCCCUGUACGUCCAGGACUCGUCGCUCUCGGUGGCGUCGCGACUUUCGGGGGCCACGCUCCCCCCGUCGUACGAGGAGGUGACGGGACACCUCGAGAGCAGCAGCGACGAAACCAGUGCCCCCUACAGUGACCCCCCGCCCAGAUACGAAGAGAUAAUCAAGGAAAAGUGA